AUGCAUCUCCUACUACUUCAGCUGUUGGUGCUCUUGCCUCUGGGGAAGGCAGGAAGGCACCAAGAUGGUGGGCAGAGUCAGCAUUCUCUCUCCCUUGAGCUUGUAGAAAGGAGCCGCAGAGAGCUUGCCACGGGCAACCACGAAGAGGCUGAAGAGAAGCCAGAUCUGUUUGUGGCAAUGCCACACCUGGUGGGUGCCAGCCCUGCUGCGGAAGGAGAGAGACAGAGAGAGAAGAUGCUAUCCAGGUUUGGCAGGUUCUGGAAGCAGCCUGAAAGAGAACUGCACCUGCCUGGGGAUUCCAUCAGUGAACACUUCCCACCUGGGACCCAGGCUUUCACUCAGUCAAUGGAUGGGAGAGAAGUGGAGAGAUCUCCUCUUCGGGAAGAGGCCAAGAAAUUCUGGCACUACUUCAUGUUCAGAAAGAGCCCCACUUCUCAGGGGGUCAUCUUGCCCAUCAAAAGCCAUGAAGUACACCGAGAGGCCUGUAGGACAGUGCCCUUCAGUCAGACUAUCACCCAUGAAGACUGUGAGAAGGUAGUUGUCCAAAACCACCUUUGCUUUGGGAAGUGUGGGUCUCUUCAUCUUCCAGGAGCUGCACAGCAUCCCCAUACCUUCUGCUCCCACUGCUUGCCUAUCAAGUUCACCAUGACGCACUUGCAGCUGAACUGCACGGGGCUGGCCCCUGUGGUCAAGGUGGUCAUGCUGGUGGAGGAGUGCCAGUGCCAGGUAAAGACAGACCAUGGGCAUGGACACCUGGAACAGGCUGGCUCUCAAACAGAAUUCUACGCCCAGGGUUCCUUUAUCCCAAGAUCUUCAAGUUAA